CCCAGAAACGAAGUGGGGAUGUUCCUGUUGAGCUGAAUUAGAGAAGGGACAGGGCAGAGGCUCGAAAAAGAGAGGGGAUUUUGAGUAAAAGGGUCGGCUCAAUUUUUUGGUUUCAGGAGGUGGUGGUGGUGUUGCCGGGAAGGUCCUGGUUGAAAUCAUCGUAGCAUUGACUCCACAAUCAAGCGGAACAUUCUACAACACCACGAUAGUUUUCAGUCUAUCCUCACUUUGAGCUGAGGGUUAGCUGUAUCAUGACUGGGAUGGAUGAUAAUGUUGCUGUGAUUGGCGAUUGGGUGCCUCCGAGUCCGAGCCCAAGAACCUUUUUCACUGCAAUGCUUGGUGAUGACAUUGGUUUGAGGUCAGGACUGGAAGCUUCUGGAAACAAUAAGACGGAGGGGCUUUUUCUAGGAUCUCAAGAGAGGAUGAAUAUGGGAAACUUUGAAAACAAGGACAGAAAACAAGUUGGUCCUAGCGGCGGUGACUACUCCAGCGAAUCCGGCUUGGCUGUCGAGCAGAAAGGGUAUUCGCGUGGAUGUCUUGUGGAAAGGUUGGCGGCCCGAGCUGGGUUUAACGCCCCAAGAUUAAAUACAGAGGGAAUUAGAUCUGCUGAUCUUUCAUCGAAUCCUGAUGUUCGGUCUCCUUAUUUGACAAUCCCUCCUGGUCUAAGUCCUACGACCCUUCUUGAGUCCCCAGUUUUCCUCUCGAAUUCACUGGCUCAGCCCUCUCCGACCACGGGAAAGUUCCCUUUCUUUCCUAACAAUAAUAGCAAGAGCUCCGGGUUGAUAUUAGAUGCAAAUACAAAUAAAGAUAGCCCAUUUGAGGACAACAGUUCUUCAUCAUUUGCUUUCAAGCCUCUUGGGGAAUCGAGUUCCUCCUUUUUUGGCGCCGGGAGCAAAAUGAAUCAAGCCACAUUUCCUCAGCAGUCUUUCCCCAGAAUCGAGGUUUCAGUUCAGUCAGAAAAUUCUGUCCAAUCUCGUAAUGUGGAACCAACCAAAUUGCAAUCCCAGAAUAGAAGCGGCUUCCAAUUUCAGGGAGACUUUUCCAGGUCAUCAACAGAAAAAGUUGCUGGUCAUGAUGGGGUGCCAUCUGAUCAAAGGAACUUCGGUACCGUUAGUGGUGAUCCUGAGCAGUCUCCGCCGCUGGACGAGCAACAAGAUGAUGAAGGAGACCAAAGAGUCAGCGGAGAUUCCUUGGUAGGUGUUAAUGGUGGCAGCCCUUCCGAAGAUGGAUAUAACUGGAGAAAAUACGGACAGAAACAAGUCAAGGGAAGCGAGUAUCCAAGAAGUUAUUACAAGUGCACUCAUCCCAGCUGUCAAGUUAAAAAAAAGGUGGAACGAUCUCACGAGGGCCAUAUUACAGAAAUCAUCUACAAGGGGGCCCACAAUCACCCGAAACCUCCACCGAACCGCCGAUCUGUCAUUGGCGGAGCCAAUCCCCUCGGUGACAUGCAGUUGGACAUUCCAGAACAGAUGGGCUUGCAGAAUGCUACCGAUGCCGAUCAAGCUUGGGCCAAUAUGCAGAAAACUGUUGGUACAGGAGGUCCUGAGUGGAGGCAGGAUAACCUGGAGGUCACGUCAUCACCAUCUGAUGGCCCCGAAUUUAGCAAUGCUCCGACCUCUUUACAGGCACAGAACGGUGGUAAUCAAUUGGAAUCGGGGGAUCAGGUGGAUGCGUCCUCUACUUUUUCAAAUGAUGAAUGUGAUGAUGAGCAGCAGACGCACGGGAGCGUAUCUUUGGCUUAUGAUGGAGAAGAAGAUGAAUCUGAUUCAAAGAGAAGGAAAAUUGAAGCCUAUGCAACUGAUAUGAGUGGGGCUUCAAGAGCCAUUCGUGAGCCUAGAGUUGUGGUCCAGACGACCAGUGAGGUAGAUAUUCUCGACGAUGGUUAUCGCUGGCGCAAGUAUGGGCAGAAAGUUGUGAAGGGAAACCCGAACCCAAGGAGUUACUACAAGUGCACAAGUGCCGGCUGCACGGUUAGGAAGCACGUAGAGAGGGCGUCGCAUGACCUCAAAUCGGUAAUUACUACGUAUGAAGGAAAGCAUAAUCAUGAUGUUCCUGCUGCCAGGAAUAGCAGCCAUGUCAACUCUGGUGCAUCUAGCGCUAUACAAACCCAGUCCACCGCCUCUGCAGUUCAGACUCAAGUUCAUAGGCCCGAGCCCUCACAAGUCCAUAACAUGAUGGGGAGGUAUGAAGGGCCCGGGUCGUUAGGUUCGUUUAGCCUACCUGGAAGGCAGCAACUAGGCCCCACUCCCGGAUUUUCCUUUGCAAUGAAUCCACCCAGAUUGGCGAAUCUUGCGAUGGCUGGGUUGGGUCCUGGCCAGGGCAAUCUUCCAAUGUUGCCUGUUCAUCCAUUUCUGGCUCAGCAGCGCCAGGUGCACGAAAUGGGAUUCAUGUUACCAAAAGGAGAACCGAAGGCCGAGCCAAUGUCUGAGCCUGGUCCGAACCUGUCUAACAACUCCUCAGUCUAUCAGCAUAUAAUGAGUAGACUGCCGCUUGGACCUCAGAUGUAAAUGUCACCGUUUUAUUUUUUUGCUUAAAGAGAACAAACAUCACCUCAUAAUAUAUAGCUUUUCAAUAGCGAUACAUAUUCCUGUUGUUUUUGCUUGUUUAACUUCUGAAGUUCUGGGAAUUUGACAUUCUUUCCUGGCUUUGACAAUAUAGUCUCCAUUUCCUGUUCA